AUUGGCUGGAACUACUAUUGACCGUUUAGAAUGUAAAAACCCUCUAAAUUUAAAGAAACUAGUUGAUUCGGUUUCGAAUAAUAUAGCGAGGGUCACCGAUAAACUGGGGUUAGUUUGAACGAAACGCGAGACUCAUCUUAUAAAGUAGUUUUGUUUCGCCAAUGGCAUAAUGCAGUGCGCUGAUUGGUUGAUCCCUGACACGUGAUCAGGUAUUGAUUGACGCUCAUAUCUUGAAAGUGCUCUAGUCUUAGGUUCAGAUGUUGGUGUGGUAGAAUUUUGGUCGGAGAUGGACGAAACGAAGGUUAUAUAUCACAUUGACGACGAAGAUACACCAUAUUUAGUUAAACUAGGAAAAACUCCAGAUAUUGUUACGCUUGGGGAUUUCAAAAAUGUACUCAAUCGACCAAAUUACAAGUUCUUCUUCAAGAGUAUGGACGACGAUUUCGGUGUUGUCAAAGAAGAGAUAAGCGACGAUGAAACACAUUUGCCCUGUUUUAAUGGCCGAGUCGUUGCUUGGCUCGUGACAUCAGACACUAGUAGUGUCUCGGGUGGUGGCGAUUUGGCUUCAGACCAGCAAUCAAUCAUAUCCGCUAGUCCAUCAGACUUACAUGUUCCAGUGCAGAGGACAGGAGGCAUAGGAGACUCUCGUCCACCAUCCUUUCAUCAUGGUGGACACUCCACUGCCGGGGAUUUUGACUCAGAAGUUGACUCGACAAUCAGUUCUCGCCGUGGUGGAUCCUCUCGGAGGAAAGAAAGACAUAGUAGCAGAGGAAGUGAAGUUGGUCAUAGAAGCCACCGUUCUGGAGUCAGACAGGGAGAAAGGUUUGACACAACCUCGACAAUGAGUAGUGACAUCGAGACAACAAGUUACAUGGACUCUUCAGAUGACCAAAGCAGUGUUUCUAGGUUUUCGAGUACAACAGAAGGAUCACAUUUACUUAGUGGCCGUCACAGAAGAAGAAGGCGACGACCAAGAAUGCCUCGUGUCCAAAGGUGCUCUUCAUUUAGUACAAUUACAGAAUCAACAAUGUCUCUAAAUAUCAUCACAAUAACUCUAAAUAUGGAUAAAGUAAAUUUUCUUGGAAUCAGCAUCGUGGGUCAGAGCAACAAGAAGGGAGAUGGUGGUAUAUAUGUCGGUUCAGUCAUGAAAGGUGGUGCUGUGGAUUUGGAUGGGAGAGUAGAACCAGGAGAUAUGCUAUUACAGGUCAAUGAUGUCAAUUUUGAAAAUAUGAGCAAUGAUGACGCUGUCAGAGUUCUAAGGGAAAUGGUUCACAAACCAGGGCCGAUCACAUUAACAGUUGCUAAAUGCUGGGACCCAACUCCCAAAGGAUACUUCACACUCCCACACAGUGACCCUGUUCGGCCAAUAGAUACGUCAGCAUGGGUUCAACACACAACUGCCAUGAAUCAAUUUGCAGCUCAGCAAGGUCAAUUUGUGCCACCGGCCAAACCAGGAAACAGCCAGUCACUCAGUACCAUGACAUCAACAAGUAGCUCAAUGACAAGCUCCCUCCCGGAGUCAGACACAGGGUACACUGAGAUUCCAGAGGGAGAAGCGCUCACCAUCAACACUGACAUGUCGACAGUCGUCAAAGCCAUGGCGGCGCCAGACUCCGGGCUAGACAUCCGAGACAGGAUGUGGCUGAAGAUCACAAUCCCUAAUGCUUUUAUUGGCUCUGAUGUAGUCGACUGGUUAUACACUCAUGUCGAGGGGUUUAUGGACAGAAGAGAGGCUAGAAAAUACGCCUGUAAUUUGCUAAAGGCUGGAUACAUUCGUCAUACCGUCAAUAAAAUCACAUUCUCUGAGCAGUGCUACUAUGUGUUCGGUGAUUUAUGUGGAAAUCUUGCAGCUUUGUCUUUAAACGAGAACGAGGGGGACCAGGACACCCUUGGUCCCCUCCCCCCGCAGCAGCAAGCAAUCCCGUGGAUGACGGGGGGGCCACCGGCGUACGGCUACCACCAGAUGCCUUCCUACCCUCCCUCCAUGGCACCCUCUGAUGCCAAGACGCCCGGCUACGCACAGUCCUUCUACAGCGGCACAAGCCAACACAGUGGGAGCCAAAGCCCACAGAGCGCUAGCGGUAGCUCGAGGAAGGGCAGCGAGCGGGACAGGGGCGCUGGGGAUGAUCACAAGAGUAGUGGUGGCAGCAGCAGUGAACGCAGUGGUAGCAGCAGGGGCAAGGAUGCUGGCAAUCAAAGUGUGCGCAGUGAGGUGUCUGCGCAACCUAUCCGACCAAGACCACUGGACCAAGUCCCAGACAGCAUCGCCAGCAGUCGAAACAGCUUCCGUAUGGCUAUGACGAAUCCGUGUGAAUACUUCGUGGAUGUGAUGUGAAAGUGCCCUCGAAUAUUUGAAUGAGUGAAAACGCUGCUAUGGUGAUCGCGCCAGCUGCUGAUUCGCCUACUGGUCCACAACAAGCCAGCUGCACUUUAUAUGUGCAGAAGGACGCGCCUAAGGUGCGAGGCCUAGCAAAGCUAUGCAAAGCUAGUGUCUACCUAAAAGGCUGUAGUCCCAGGCCCAGGCGGUGUGAUGCGCCGAAGAUGAAGAGGCCACCUUCAUGCUAGCAGAGUUAUGAUCAUGGACGUGGUUAGAAUAAUUAUUAUGAAUGACUCAACCGAGAUUAGAAAUUUCUUUUUAAUAAUUCCCAGAGGAAUUUUAGAGUUAUGUUUUACAUGCAACCCAUAGACCUAAAAGAAAGAAUUUGUAUGGGACUGGUGUAUGAAAGUUGCGACGGAAUAGAUUCACUUGAGAUGUGAAUCUAAUCCUAGAAAUAAACUAGGCUCCUGUGCUGCUGUUUGCACUGUCACGAAAAUCUCAAGCUCUCUCACGGAGGGAGCUAGAGACCAGCGUGACAGGGGCACGAAAGCUGUGAAGGGGUCUUGUUAUAAACUUGCUGAUAGAGAACUGUACAUAUUGUGUAAAGUUAUCGAUUUGAGCUCACUGGAAUAAUGAAUGUAGCAUUAUUAUAAACCAUAACCACAAACCCCCUUCACCCCUAGUUUCCGCGGUAAAGUAAGAAACAACCCUUUAGUCACGCUGAACAAAAUGUCAAUAGUUGCCGUAAAACAAACAAGAAAGCUCGAAAUGCAAUGUGCAAAGGGAAAAGGCAAAUGCUGAUAAAUCAAAGCAAAAUACAGGCGACUAUGUUACGUCUCCUUAAAAACAAUCCCUUUAGAUAUAGAAGCCAUACUCAACCUUCAAAAACUAACUUUAAUAGUGUAUAGCCAUAUGUCAAAAUACUAAGUACUAGAAGGACACAAUUCUCACAGUCGUACAACUGCGAACACUGUGUCCACACUUUCUACACAAAUUACAAGGAAGGUCAAGGGUGGCGCUAGAUAUUAUGUAUAGAUAAUAAUACCAUCUUGUAAAUGUAAAGCUAUACCACUUAAAUGAAAAAACAUUUUCAAAAGACGUAUAUUAGUAUGGAAUGUUUGAAGGGAGCUGCUUGUGGUAUGUGACUUGCAAUAAAUCAGUGCCCGAAGAA